AUGGAGCGUGCCGCAGGCUCAACUGUGCAUCCACCAUAUUUUGAUGGGUACAACUAUGGUGCUUGGAAGGCUAAAAUGAAAUCUUUCUUAUGGUCCUUUGACGAACGUGUCUGGAAUAUUGUGGUUCAUAGAUUUUCUGAACCUACAAAAAUAACUGGAAAAGGAGAUGAAGAACACACAGUUCCUAAACCCAGAGAGGAAUGGACAAAUGUAGACGUCACACACAGUACCAAUAACCAAAAGGCGUUAAACGCUUUAUUUACUGCAGUUUCUCCUGAUCAAUUUGAAUACAUCUCAGGUGAAAAAAUUUCAGCAGAUAGAGUCGUGAAAAAGAUUUUGAGAUCGUUGCCUCAACGGUUCCAACUGAAGGUCACAGCCAUUGAGGAGAUUAGGGAUCUAAACACCAUGAAAGUGAGCGAACUCAUAGGCUCUCUUCAAACCUAUGAGAUGAAACAUCUAGCCCCUAAAAAGAAGAAGAGUGUUGCCUUCAACGUGGUGAAUAAAGAGGAAGAUGAUCAUCAAAAUGAAGAAUUUAAUGCAAAAGAGUUUACUAAAAAGAGAAAUUCUGAAGAGAAAACCAAGUGCUUUGAGUGCGAAGGGUAUGGACAUAUAGCUUCUGAAUGUGACAAUACAAUGAAAAAACAGAAUAGCAAAACUAAGGCAUGGAAUGCAACAUGGAGAAACAAUGAGUCAGAAUCUAAAAGUGAAGAGAAUACCGUUACUCUCAUUACCACUGUUAGUCUGGACGAAGCAUCAAAGAAAAAUGAUGAUGAAGGAUUGGAUAUUGAAUUUGUGCUGGACAAAUAUGAUGAUUUGCUGGCUGCCUCUCAGAAACUCAGCAAACAGAAUGCAGAACUCGUCAAAACUAUUGCUGUGUUAAAACUGGAAAAAAGAAGGAUUGCUAACUAG